AUGGCGGCCUUUCCUUCGCCUGCUUGUCACCCGGUGCUAGUGUUACCAGGGCGAUCUGCCCUGCCCAGCCAAGUGCCCUCAGCCCGGACGGAGCCUCGUCCUGAAAGUUGGUUGCCGGAGAACAUCAGUAACACCACCAAAGCAGUGGCGGUGGAUUUGGUGAACACCUUCGAGUCGCGGUACGCAGAGGGCUACAAGAGUCUGGUGACAGACGCGCUGCUUGUCUACAAUUCGACUGCUUCCAAUUCCACCACCACUACCCCCUCCUCCUCGGAUGAAGCAGAGCUUGAUCCAUCUCCACCCCAUUCCGCUCAGUACUGUUUGCCAUUCAUGAAUGCGAGAGACCGGUACAUCAGGAUUCUGCACAGUCUUUUCGUCCAACAAAUCAACUGGGGCCGAAUUGUGGCAAUGAUGAGUUUCCUUCGCGCUCUCUGUGAAGUCCUCGAAGCUUCAACUCAAUCGCAGUCUUCGUCCGACGAGGAUGAGAACGAGGUGCAUUCGCCACCACCCUUGGACAAGACAGAUUUCACACCGGUGGUGAAGCAAUGUGUAGACGGCUCUGCAAAGAACGGCAACGACAACGACGAUGACAGCAACAAAAAAUUGACGACGGAAAUGAAGGAUCGGAGGAUAGCCUCGUUGCACUACAUCGUGUGGACAACGGAGUUCAUCCACAAGGAGUCAAAGUUGGGUGACUGGAUUGAGGAGCAUGGUAGUUGGGUGGGUUGA